CAUUUUAUUUUUAUUUUUAGUUUUCUUUUAACAUGGCUUCAACAAAGAAAAAUAACUAUGCAUUUGAAAUUAGAUUUGUGGAUGAUAACAUUGUACAAGUAUUUGAUAUAGCAGCCAAACGUCAAAAGGAAGGAACUGGAUUACCAGUGGAAUACAAUCAAGAUGAAGUUCUGAAAGGUCAGCUUCGAUAUUCUAAACUGGUGGGUAGUACUCCAUCUGCCCCAGAUACCAAUAAUGAAGAAUAUCAUCAUCAAGUUACUACAAAGAGAAGCAAAAAUAGAAGAUCAAUUCAAAGACAUACUUUUUUUAUGAUGGGAGGUGGUGGUGGUGGUGGUGAUAAUUCGAUAAAUGAAACGUAUUCAAACAACAGUAGUGAAGAUCACCGUAGUGCUGUCACACAGACAUGUGUAUCUCCGCCACCAAAAGAGGUCUCUGAAACAUCUCAACCAAAUUCACCCAGACCACUGCAAAUAUCAUCGUUGUCACCACCAUCAUCACCAUUAUUACCUUCACCUUCAUUACAAUCUUAUUCACCACCUCUAUCACCUGUACCAUUAUCGCCCAUUUCAAGAACACAUUCAUUACAACCACCACCGCAAGUUAAGCAUUCAUUGUCGAUAGCACAAAGAAAGCGAACAAGAGAAGAAAGCAUGCCAUACACUACAAACAAUGCUCCCAGCAUGAAUCAAAUAUCACCCAUCGUACCACAACAACAAUACUAUACAGAAGAUUAUACUAGUAUGACCAUGAUUGAUAGUCACGAGGAUAGUAGCAGUAAAAGAAAUAUGCAACAGGAAAAAACUGAUUCUGCAGGCUGUUGCUGCAUCAUAUCAUAAUAUUAUUUUUUCAAAAGAGUGCGGGACACCAAUAAAAAAAGCUAAAAACAUUUUUUUUUUCUUUCUCUUCUUCUCUUUG